CUCAAAUAUCAUCUCAUAUAUUUUCUUUCACUCUUUCCAAAAUUAUAAAUACUCUGUGUCCGCAUUCAAAGAGUUAAUCAUGGCGGCUUAUGGAGCUCUGGUUUCUCUUAGGCAAAUCAUAGAUCGCAUCGAAAAUCAUCCUUCCCCUCCAAUUUCUAUCGACAAACAGCAAGUUGAAUCUCUCACUCAAAAUGUUACCUUCUUGCAGGAUUUUCUUGAUGCUUAUAUUUCCCGAGCUGUCGAUGAUCAUGAGGCGGAUCCAUUGGAGCAUCGCAUUGCUGAUGCAGUUUAUGCAGCUGAGGAUGUCAUCGAAUCCCAAAUUGUGCUUCAAAUUCAUAACCGAUCCACUAUUGUUGGGAAGAUAUCCAGUUUUAUCAACUUGUUUCGAGCUCUAUGUAACUGCGUAACUAUUGAGGAGGACUUCUAUCACGAUCUACAACAAGUGAUUGAAGAAAUGAAUUUGAUCAUGAAGGAAGCCAUGGAGAUUGCUGCCGCAGCUCAACUGCACAGAAAGGUCUCCUCAACUCAUGCUGUUCCCUCAACGUCCUCUUCCACUGUCAAGGAAAUCGUGAUGGUGGGCUUCGACGAGGUGUUACUUGAAGUGCUGGAUAAGCUCACCGGAGGUCAACUCAGUCGCCAAAUCAUCCCAAUUAUGGGGAUGGGCGGGAUUGUGAAUCAGCGAUAGAGUCAGCUAAAAAGAUAGUAGAAGAACAAGAGGAUUUACAUGGAGACCAACUUGACCUUCGUGUUCGAGCUAUACUUUGGCACAAAGACGAAAGACUGCAGAGGUUGGCAAGUCCCAACUUUGAAGUUACAGUGUAAUACUAGUUAUUAGAAUCAUCCAGCAUCUAAGAUUGUUUAGUUACAAGUUCAGACUUGUUGUUUUUGUAAGCUUAAUAACAUCAGAGUCAUAUCAA